AUGUCUCUCCAGGCUGUCUACGAGCGCUUCCUGGCGAGCCCCUCGGCCGCGCCCCUUGGCCGCGACGUGUCGCUCAACUACAUCACCACCACCACUGUGUUCGACGGCGCCGACGCGGUGCUCACUCAUCUGCAGCGCCAACAGAGAAUCGUCGAGAAAAAGGGCGACAAGACGCUCAGUGCCAUUGAGACGCCAGACGCGCUGGUGCUCGACGUCGACACCACGCUCGAGUUUGUUUCUGGGGGAGGGGCUUAUCUCCCGUCGCUGGACGAUAAUUUCCUGGCCGACCGCGUGGUGACUUUUCCAACGGUGCACAUCGUUCGCUUCGAUUCGCAGGCCCAAAUCCAGCAGAUCAGAGUUUACUGGGACCAGGGGUCGCUUCUCAAACAAGUCGAGGUCAUUGGCUCCCGGGGACGCAACUGGCCAAUUCGCGAUGCCAAAGACCAGUCCAAGCUCAUCACCAAUGCCAUUGCAGCAGUAGGAAAUGCGGCGGCGCCUGUAGCACAGAGCAGUGCGCAACCACAACCGCAAGCACAACAAAAACAAGAACAACCGGCCGCUGCUCGAUCAGCGUCUCCCGCAAAGAGGCACAUCAAAGACCCCCACGCGUCGUUGUCUCUGUUUGGCGGUGACGAGGAUGACGAACCACGACCGGCUGUUGUCGCUCCUUACGCCCCUUCGUCAACGAGACCUCCGGUUCGUGACCAUGAUAUCUUGAACGGCGGGUACGACGAAGACGCUCCUAUCAACUCGCGGGAAAGCGUCAUCUCGCCGAGAGCCGGUGCCAACAAACAUUUUGGGCCCAUUCGCGUGUUUGGCGAUGAGUCCGACGAGCCCACUGCCAACGCUGUUCAGCCCCGAAUUGGCUCCAGCAGGAACUUCCAGGCGAUCCGCGUUUUCGACACAGAGGACGAACAACAGGCUCAUCGAGGCCAUGUUCAGCCCAAGGCCGGACCGCACAAGAACUAUCAGCCGAUCAACCUGUUUGGCGAAGGCGAUGCCCCCGAGGAAGAACAGGAGGCUCGAUACAAGACGCACCCCAAGAAGUUUACCCAUUUCGAUAUUGCCAACGAGGAGAACGAUGUUGCAGAGCGUCCGGCAAGGAAGUUCCGUCCUAUGUCUCAGUGGGACUUUGCUGAUUUCGCAACGCCCGAGAAACCACGUGGAAAAGUGCUCCCUCAAGACGUUCGCCACUUUAGCUGGAGUGACAACGAGGAAGAGGGCGCAGAAACCCCGCCAGUUCGGCCUCGCGUUGUGCAGCCACGUCGCGAUGCAGAGACACACUUUUCUCUGGUCGAUGACGAUGGAGUAAGGGACAACAAACGCAUCAUCGGAGGCGCCCAUAACAAGGGUUUGGGUCUGUACGAGAACAAUGUGUACGAUGAGCAGGGCAACCCAACGCCAGUAAAAGGAAAGAAAGAAGAAGAGCCCAAACAGCAACAACACAAACACCAACAAUCCAUCGGCGUCGUGGACAACAUAUCUCGCAAAAAGGACUUUGACAGCCACUGGGCAAUUACGGACUCUGCACCCUCCGAUGAGCCCGCCCAGCAGAAGACCGAGAGCAGUAAGCCGCCUAUCAACAGCGACCGUAUGAAGGCCGUCAAGAUGAUGGACGCCUCGUGGGACAGGUAUGAGGAGGAAUCGCCUGAGCCGAAGAAAAACGCCCCCAUCCCGUCUAUCAAGCGCAGCACUUUUCAGCCGAGCUGGGGGUUUGGUGACGAUGAAUGA